CUUCUUAUCUUCCACGCUCCUCUCCUCCCAUAGCCUCCCUCUCCACUCGCCGCCUGCGCUGACCUGUGGCCCCCUGCUCCCGCCUCCCUGUCCUCCUGUUAUUACUUUCCCCACCACGCCGAUCUGCCGGACUGUUUCGCAAACCCUAACCCUAGCAAGCCCGCUUCACUCCUCCAACAAGAUCUCUCUCCGAAUCUAUGGAUGCACCAGCUCCGAUGUCUGCCCCACCGCCCCCCGCCUCGUCCGAUGAUGAUGCUAAGCCCGUCGACGAGGAGGGCGUAGAGAUCCGCGAGGUAUGGGCGACGAACCUCGAGGCGGAGUUCGCCGUGAUCCGUGACGUCGUCGACGAUUACUCGUACAUCGCUAUGGACACCGAGUUCCCGGGCAUCGUGUGCCGCCCGCUCGGGAGCUUUCGCUCCAAUGACGAGUACAACUACGCCACCCUCAAGGCCAACGUCGACAUGCUGAGCCUCAUCCAGCUUGGUCUCACUCUCUCCGACGAGAACGGCGCACUCCCUGCCAGGGGCACGGGGGGGCGCCCCUGCGCCUGGCAGUUCAACUUUCGGGGCUUCGAUCCGCGCUCAGACCCCGCCAACGCCGACUCCAUCGACCUGCUACGCAACAGUGGGAUCGACUUCGACCGCUUCACCACCGAGGGUGCUGACACGGGCCACUUCGCCGAGCUGCUCAUGUCGUCCGGCGUCCUGCUCAACGCUGAGGUCCAGUGGGUCACAUUUCACAGCGGGUAUGACUUCGGAUACCUGCUCAAGCUGCUAACCGGGCGGAACCUACCUGACACCAUGCCUGGAUUCUUUGACCUCAUCAGAAUCUACUUCCCGGUACUGUACGACAUCAAGCAUCUCAUGAAGUACUGCGGCAGCCUCCAUGGUGGCUUGAGCAAGCUUGGUGAGCUACUUGGUGUCCAACGUGUGGGGAUCUGCCACCAGGCUGGGUCAGACUCACUGCUGACCUUGCAGUGCUUCAAAAAGCUGAAGGAGGUGUAUUUCAGAGGAUCGACCGAGAAUUAUGCCGGUGUGUUGUAUGGUCUUAUUUCUGAUGGUGGGGAGAACAGACCACCAGCAGUUCUGCUCAUCGAAUGAGUAAUGGAUAGUCAAAUAAGACAAUGUUAUGGUUGAAAAAAAGGAAAUAUUUCUGUUGAAUAUAUGCUCUCUGAUCUGAAUAUUUGCUUGUGGUUGGCAUAAUAUAGCCAUUGUUCCCAGUUA